UGCCUUAGCCAACAAUAUUGACCAUCCCCAGUGAGCCGAGCUGGGUAUUAAGCGCCAGGGGGAGAUCUAGAGGAAGGAAAGGAGACAGGCCACAGCCCCUGCCUUCAGGGAGCUUCCAGUCAAAUGAAGGAGGGAUUUUAUUGAGCUCCUGUUACAUGCAAGGCAUUGUGCUUGGAAUACAAAGAUGAAUAAGGUUGUCCUUGUCCCCAGCUAGUCUUCUGGCUUGUGAAGGCCUAGCAGGUGUGAACUUGGUUCCCACUGCAGCCAGCAAGAAGAUGAUGCUGAGCCAGAUUGCCAGCAAGCAGGCCGAGAAUGGCGAGCGGGCAGGUAGCCCCGAUGUGCUGAGGUGCUCCAGUCAGGGCCACCGAAAAGACAGUGAUAAACCCCGCAACCGCAAAGAUGAUGACAGCUUGGCCGAGGCCUCUCAUUCAAAAAAGACUGUUAAAAAGGUGGUGGUGGUGGAACAGAAUGGCUCUUUUCAAGUAAAGAUUCCUAAGAACUUUAUUUGUGAACACUGCUUCGGAGCCUUUCGGAGCAGCUACCACCUCAAGAGGCACGUCCUCAUUCACACUGGUGAAAAACCGUUUGAGUGCGACGUCUGUGAUAUGCGUUUCAUCCAGAAGUACCAUCUUGAACGCCACAAGCGUGUGCACAGUGGCGAAAAGCCUUACCAGUGUGAACGGUGUCACCAGUGUUUUUCUCGGACAGACCGAUUACUCAGACACAAACGGAUGUGCCAAGGGUGUCAGUCCAAGACCUCUGAUGGGCAGUUUUCUCUAUAGGCACAUGGGGCCCCAGGAGGUGGGGUGAGGAGAAGAGUCCCCGAAGAGCACCCCCCUCUGCUCUAAUGGGUCCUGCCACUGCUCCCUCUGACCCUGUCCCCCUCGCUGGAGAAGUGGCCCCAGAGAGCAGAAGAGCCCAUCGAGGACAGUGCUCCGGAGCCUCAGCCCUGUAAAUAGUCUUUCGACUAUGCGGAUCUCGGGGGAGUUCCUACAGCAUUCCUGGGCAGGGGAGCUGGUCCCUGGACCCUUAGCCAAGGCCAUCGGUGGGGACUCAAAGGUGCAGGACCAAGACUGAGAUGUUUCCACCACCUUGGACUGGAACUGGCAGCUGACGUGGAGAGGACUGGGGAGGGGGACUUAUUUGUUCUGCUCUUGUUUUUGUUUAUCCAAAAGCAGUUUCAGCAGGGAAACUGGGGAUACAGGUAUCUGGAGGCAAGUCCUUAAGCGAAGCAAGGAUUGUGGCUGGCCCCGCCAUUGUUUUUUUUACCUAGGCCCUUGUUCCGAAUCCCUGCACCUUCCCUCCUGUUUGAAAGCAAAUAGGACUGGGGCUGGCAGCUGAGCUUACUUGGACUUGUUAUACACUGUGAGGACAAAAGAGAGACUGGGAGGGACAGGCGUGUGCUCGACCAGAAGAGCGGGCAUGCCUUUCACCUCCUCGCGAAGAGCGGUGUCCAUGGCUGUUCCUGGCUUGUGCAGCACUAGUGCCUGGUGGGGUCCGCUUGAGUGCCUUUGGAGGAAACUUAGGCGGGGUAGCCCACGCAGCCCUUUCCUCUGGGCAGUUGGUCUUGGUUAUGGGUUGUGGCUACCUCACUGUCCUUUACCCCAGAAACCAGGCAGCAGUUGAGCAGGGAGUUGUCCCCUGUGACAGCCAGGGAUAGUCCAGAGUUUCUAGCAGCUGUGAGAGGAGCAGCAAACGUGACUUGUGUGAGAGAGGCCCGCUCCCUGCUGCAGCCUGUGACUGCUCAAGUAGAAGAGGUGGCAGGCUGUGGUCUUCAGCCCCAGAGAGCUUCACCUUGGCUCCCUCCUCGGCAGGCGUCCACCCAGCCAAGUGGAGGAGGAGGGCUGCCGAGGAGGGCCUGCGGAAGACACCGUGUCUGCUCGGUCUUGACCUUCCUCUGCUCCAGUCCCCCAUCUUGUCUACCCCUGAAAAAGUGAUCAGAUUUGUGUCUGUGUCUUGAUUUGUGGGUGCUUGUGUUUGUUUGCUUAAACGGGGUGACAAUUACCCAGAUUUAUUUGGCUAUCAACUUAGAGGACAGAAAGCGUAGAGCAGCCUUCCCCUCCAACCAGAAGGGUUUAUGCUUCUCUGAAGUUGCUGAGAACAAGGGAAUGGGAUUUGUUCCAGAAGGGCUUGGGAGGCUUUUGUUGUUUUUAGGUUGAUUCAACAGUGUGCUGGUUAGAAUGUUUCUACGCCAGGGCCUAAGGAUGUGUGUCCCCUAGAGAAACGAUCCUUAAGGGAGGUUUUGGGGUUUGGCUGAACACUACCCAACCCGCCUACGUGAGGUCUCCUCAGUCAUGGAGCUGCCCUGAGCUGGCGGCUGCAGCUGGGGUGCCACCCAGCCCGGGGGUCCACUUCAGGAAUAACGGAGGCCGGCCCAAGCGCACAGCUGCAGCUCGGGUAGGCAUCUGAGGCCCAGCCUCCAGGAGGUUGUUGCCUAGUAGAUGAGGGCUGUGUCCCUGCCAGUGCGUCAGGCAAUGGUAUGCUGCAACUCCAGGGCAGACGUACUUCAGGAAAGAGGAAGGGAAGAUUUCCCGGCCCUAGGCUUCUCCUGAGCCACGGCGAGGGGCGGAGGAAUGCCCACUGCCGUGUCUUCUAGCUUCAUGCUGCCCUUAGUCUAAUUGCUUUAGGAUUGCACCUCUGUCCUUUGCCCCACCCUGUGGCCCCUGGGCCCCUGCACAUGUGACACGCUCUGCUGGGCUGUGUACUACCAUUCAACUCUAGGAAGGGGUAGGUGGAGAGAGGUAGCCUCCCAGAAUGCUUUGGAACAGUUGAAGAGGGACCCAUGCCUCAACAUGAGUGUGCUGGGUCAGAGCAGGCCUGACCUUGGCUUCCUACCUGGGUAGAAGCUGGGAGGUGGGUAACUCCUGGGUGUGUACACAUGGCCCAGCCGGAACCGCACUGCCAAGGCCUGGGUGUGAGAAGGCCAGAAGCUGGCAGGGGUUGAGGACAGACAGGCUCUGGAGUGAAGCGUAGUAGAACACGGAGGGCCCAGGAGCCCAGGGAAACACAGCUGCAAAGGCUCCUGGGCCUGCUGUCUCACCCUGCCGGGGUGGGGUCUAGCACUGGACAGAUGUCUCAGGUGUGCGAAGAAAGGGGAACUGAAGGGAGGGCAGGUGCUCGGGCAUCAGAAUGUGAACGUGGGCUUGGGGGGGGCUCCUGCACCAGGCCUGCCAGUCUGCUCGCUGCCGCCUGUCUUUCCAGCCAGCAGGCACUUGCCAUCGCCUAAGCUACUGAUUGUGCUCCUUGGCUUGACACUGGGUCAAGAUGAGUGGGGUUCCUGCAGUCCAGCCUUCUCCCCAGGCCCCUUCUGCCCCCGCCGUGGCCCUGGGCUUUUACCUUCAAUUCCCCUCCUACCAUGCUCCACUUUUUUUUUUUUUUAAUAUACUUAUUUUGCUAUGGGGGAGGGGACUAUCAAAUGAACAAGAUCACUUUUAAUGUAGUUUUUAUAAGAUGUUAUAAACUUGUAUCUUUUUACCAUUAAAGUGCAGUGUAUGUUCCUUCGUGAUAUAUUUAGGAUAUUUAAAUAAAAAGGAUGGCGCUUUUCUACAUUCCA